UUUUUUAAAAGUAAAUUAAGUGACCGCUCGGUCGCUCUUGUUUGUUUACUUCAUCUUUUGUGAACUUAGUAGGUCGGUAACCUUUAAACAAGAACCUUCUCAAACAAUUCAAUAAUUUCUAGCCUUUUCCGUCCUGAGAAUAGGGGUAUCCUUGAUUCUGGCGAAGUGUGUUAAUAUCAAUAUCAGUUAUAUAGCAGGCGGACUCAAUAGCUUUUAAGUUAAGUAUUCCCCGUGCCUUUGUUUCUAAUGUGCUUAUGUUAAGAGGACAACUCUUUGAAAGAUUCUUGUGAUCAGAUCAAAUAAGAGAAGGUUAAGAUGUAGCAAGGGAAACGCCGGAUGUCGAAGAAUCCUUCAAGUGAAUCAAUUAAGGUGAAGAUUAUAAUGUUAUCUGAUCAGUGAAAGGUACUCUUGCUGAGUCAUUCAUUCGGAACUGACAAACACCAAUUGCGAAAGUACUUCGCAUGAUUUGUGGAGAUGGGGCUGGCAUAUUCAAAAGAGAAACAAACGGACUCUGAAGAGAACUCGACAUCAAGAGAUAGCGAACUACAGCCUACACUUCUUCCUUUAGGCAGAGUUGUUCGAGUUCAUUUAGCACCAAAGUUUUACACUUCGGAAGAGAGGGGCUUCACAAGAAGUUACUGUUUGCUCGUCACGUUACAAAGAGAGGCGAAUACAUACAAUGCUAGUGUCCAACAUGAACGAGAUCUAACAGCAAAUGUUGAGUUUCAAGAGAGAAGACGAAGUCUGCGCGAGGGUUCUCCGUUUUCUCGUCGCGAAAUGCUGUCUCUAAGACGAGCGAACUCGGUUACCAUAAACUCCAUAAACGGACCGGAUAUCGAAGUGAAACAAGUCGCUGUAGAAGAAAAUGAUUCUCUCAGAAUUGUGGGUGUUUUCAAGAAGGAUUUGGGAAGCAUCCUUGACCUAGAAAGCUGCGAUACAUUUGACCUUGUACUAUGUCCAAGCUGUAGAAUAAGGACUGAUUGUUCUGAAUGGUUUCUGUUGGGGACAAUGUAUACAAAACGUGCAAACUCUAAACACACGAGACAUUGGCGAGCUGCAGUGAGGGCCGAUUACACCUGACGACUAUAAUCUGUUUACUUUAUGACACCAAUUUCAUCACUGCAAAAAUAAUCUUCAUGUUCUGACUUUCUGAAAAAGGUCUACCCGCUCUUCUAUACAAUCGUGACUCAUAAUUCAAUGCUUGGGUGGUCCAGUCUUCAAUCAAGGAGAUCCUAUCUAUCCUUGCUAGAGUGCUACAAGACUAUUCAUGGUCUUAAUGGCCUGAACUGUAAUGAUUAUUUUGAAUUUAAUAGUUAUAGAAAAAAAAGGUCAAACCAUUCAUUUAAAUUAAGACAGCAAUUAGCUAGAGUAAAUUGUUUUUUGCACUCAUUCUUUGUUAGAGUUGUGAAACGGUGGAAUGCUCUUCCUAAAGAGAGUGCACGAACAGGAUUAUAAUAUUUUUCGUAGUAAACUUAUAAAGUAUUGUAAAAUUUCGUAAAAUAUGUAUAUAUAUAUAUAUAUAUAUUUUUUUUUUACCUCUUUCUUAAUGACUCUUAAAUAUUACGGUGUAGUAUAAUUAUAUAUUUUAUGUAGGAAGCGUCCUCGAUAGAGAUCAUUAACCUCCGACGCUUCUUUUAUGUAUGCACAUAAUAAAAUUGAUUGAUU